CGGCAUUACGUCGCGCACCGUCGACCGCGACUGACGUUCGUGUGGACGCGUCUCAAUCUUUCGUCGUACAGAUCGUCCAUUUACACCGCGAUUACCGAACAACUGUGUCACCAAACUGUCACCGACGAGCCGCCAUUACGAUACAGAAGUGCCAGUCGAAUCGUAUGUGUCACCGAUCGAGAAUCGAUAUCCGUUCACCGACAACCUGUAGGAGUUCGCGUUUCGCGUGUUACGUCAUCGAGCUGUGUGAUUGCAUAGAUUCGUAAAUCGAUGCAGAGAUCUUGCAUCGACUAGUAAUAACAUAGUGACACCUCGCGGACUAGAAGUGCGACAGGCGGGGCGGGGGAGGUUAGGACCUUUUUCAAUCGAAGGUGUAUCGCGGCGAUAUAUCGAUACGUUAAACAUGGCGUUGGCGGGAAGACAGUAACGAGGACGCUUACGAUGGAAUCGAAAGAGUUUUCGAUGUCGAAGAUGAUAUUGUGCACGUUGAAGGGAAUACGAUGAACGUGUUGGUAAACAGCGAGGUUAUCCGUCGCGUGGAAAAAAAGUGGAGCUGCCGGAUAAGUAGCUGGUAGCCGUGAAGGAGAUAUCCGCGGGGGCUGUGCAAGUGAAAUCACGACGUCCUGCCCGGAGGGUGCCUGCUUCGGCGACGAGGGGCGGCUACUGGCCGAUGUGAUGCAUCUACCGGUGGGCUCGGUGGGCUGCGGGGAGAAUUACGCCACCGUUGGAUCCCACGAAGGCGCCGGCCCGUGCGGCCCCUCACUGGCGCCUCUUCAAGGGGUGAACACCAGGUACCAACAGGCCGACGACGUCGACGCCGGGGGAGGUGGUGGCGAAAUGAGCGAGGGUGCCGCCGUCGGCGAGCUCUGGUGGACCGAGAGGCUCGUCGGCGAGGCACAGGCUGAACAUCCCGGUGAAUUGGUUCGAACAGGAUCGCCGUAUUUUCUCUGCAGCCAACUACCGACCCACUGGCGGUCCAACAAGGCGCUUCCGGUGGCGUUCAAAGUUGUCGCCCUGGGCGAGGUCGGCGAUGGAACUCUGGUGACAGUGCGAGCGGGCAACGAUGAAAACUGUUGCGCCGAGCUAAGAAAUUCCACUGCCUUGAUGAAGAACCAAGUCGCCAAGUUCAACGACCUCAGGUUCGUCGGUAGAAGCGGCAGGGGGAAAAGCUUUAGUAUCACCAUCACGGUGUCGACCACACCACCCCAAGUGGCGACCUACACGAGGGCCAUCAAGGUGACAGUGGAUGGACCGAGGGAACCGCGUUCUAAAACGAGGCAGACGCACAUACUAGGACCAGCGCGAGUUCCUGGACCCACAAGAGGGACGUUCCUUCCAUCGAGUCGUUUCACCCCCUACGUACGGGACACGGAGCAGUACCGGAGGAGUAAGCAUCACGUCGGCAACAACGUGAUCACGAAUUCGGUUAGUGGUGCCUGUAGCAACCCCAACAACACCGACCCGACCGCAUCGCCUGCUUCCAGUACACACCUCGGGGCUACCGGCGGCUCCUCGGCUCAUCAGGAUUGCUACAAGCACAGCCCUCAACACGGCGAUACGGGUGCAGGCGCAACCGAGUGGACCUAUUCAUCAGCGGCGCCAUCUUAUCCAGCGCCUCCGGUAAGCAGCGGUGGUUCCUUCUCGCCGAUUCCCGGUGGAGCAUUCUCGUAUCUGAACGAAUCCCUGUCUCAUCAUCCAGCCACCGAGCCUAUGCCGUUACCUGCUGGUGUGGCUGUCGGCGUUUUCCAUCGUGGGCAUGUAUCUACACUAUUCGAAAAUGACCGUCAUUUCUCGCAUUUAUCCGAAAUCGAGAGGGAAAUGUCAUUUCGCACGGAAAUGGGAAUGUAUUACUAUUACUACAAAACGAUCGCGGAAUCGAAAACGUUCAUGGACGGUCUGAGAAAAAUCACACACGAUAACAUUUCGGAGUACGGAAAUGUUAUUGACGCGACUAAAAAGUAUAGCUUGUUGCCAGAGGUACUAGCCGGAUACCUUUAUCACUGUGCCAAGAGUAUGGGAAUCAUUUCCAUAGAGCAGUGUUGGCAAGUAGAACGAGGAGAAGGUCUGAGACCUGUAACCAGCUGCGAAGGCUUAGGUGUACCCAUAUAUUUUUACUUAGAGGUUGUGUGGUACUGCACAAUGUUCACUGUGGUUAUACUAUUCUAUUAUGCUAUAGUUCUGGGCAAUAGCAUAAAAAGCGGAAUCAUAGCUACGCUAUUUUUCUUUUACAAUCAUAACGAAUGCACCAGAGUGCAAUGGACUCCGCCGUUGCGUGAAAGUUUUGCAUACCCUAUAUUGCUCUUUCAAAUGUACACUACGACUGUGAUUCUUAGGCAAAGUACUACUCCAGGUUCUGACACGGAUGCUCUGAUGAGAAUGGGUGUAUCCACGAUAAUCAGUCUAUGCUGUUGGCAAUUUUCUCAAUUUGUGUUCACCACACAGAUCAUAGCUUUAUUGAUAUUAAAAUGGAUGAAGAUAAUCUCAAAUGAUCUCUAUAUAUGCAUUUGCGUAAUUCAGGGUUCAAGUGCCGCGUUAGCGAUGAAUGUAGUGGACAAAAAUUCCUUACUCUACUCUUUGUAUUUCUGUCUUUUGUUCACUAGCUGCUUUUUGAGUUUUGCCAUUAAAUUCUCCAAAUUCAUGAAUACAAAAGUGCAAACGAUCUUAGAAAUUGUUCUCACAAUCGUCUGUACAACAGUAUUGAAAUCCGAUUUCUCCAUCAUUUGCGAGGACGACGCGCACGUGUUCAAUUUACUCAAGUCAAAGCUGACCGAUUACAAGGAUUUCCACACGAUGCUGUACACCUGCUCCGCAGAGUUCGACUUCUUACAGUACAGAAGUUACGAGACGAUCGUGAAGACGUUGCUGUUGCCAUGUGCCGUACUCGCCGGAAUGCUGGCGCUCUAUUUUUGGUACAGAAACUAUCAAAUCAAAGGAUACCCGAAAUGCAUAGACGCGGAUUUAGCGUACAACGGCCUGCAGACUGGAGCGUUCAUCAUCAUGGCGAUAUUUAUCAUGAGACUAAAACUCUUCAUGAACCCGCAUCUCUGUAUAAUUGCCGGCACGGUUUGCUCGAACAGGUACCUGGAGAAAUUUGGUUUGAAAAAUGAGAUGAUGAAGACUGCGGUUACUGUUCUAUUAAUAUCAGCAAUGUCUUAUCACGGUUUGGAGAAACUUCAAGAAGAAAGAAGCAUCAUAGGUGAAUACAGCAACAUCGAACAAGAAGAAUUAUUCGAAUGGAUAAAGAGCAACACACCCGAGCACGCUGUGUUCGCUGGAAAGAUGUCUUUGAUGGCUAAUUUAAUGCUCUCCACUGGAAGACCCAUAGUCAAUAACCCCUAUUACGAGAGCAAGGAGAUGAGAGACCGGACGAUGAAGGUCUACGAGAUCUUCAGUAGAAAGGAUGCAGCAUCCGUGUAUUUCAAUCUGAGGAACAUGCACGUGGGAUACGUGGUGCUGGAGAAAUCACUAUGCUUUGGCUCCGCGAAUUUACAAAUUGGAUGCCAAAUGAUCGAUCUCUGGGACAUGGUCGACAAUGGAACCGCGAAAUCCGCUGGGAAGUUACCACUCUGUCCGUUGUUGUUCCGUGGAAACGCUUACCCCUUCAAGAGGGCCUUUGUAAAUAAUCGUUACGUCGUUUUACAGCUCGAUUACUCUUACUACGUCGAAGUGAAACCAAAGACUUCCAUUCCUCUUCAUUAUCAAUCUUAA